ACUGGCCUGGAUGUUGUCACCAGUAUCUCGGUUUUUGGUCAAAACGAUUUCAACGAACGAACCCAACGGAUCUCUCUGUUUCCGUUUCUUGUCUCGCCACUGAGCAACCUAUUUUUUUCGACCACAACAAGCUUCCCGAAACAUGGGCAUUGGCUAUGGCACCGCCGACGAGCAGCUGGAGAAGCAGAUCGGCUGCGUGAAGUACACGCUCUUCUGCUUCAACAUCGUGGCCUGGAUGAUAGCGACGGCCCUGUUCGCCCUGACCGUCUGGCUGCGCGCAGAGCCCGGCUUCAAUGACUGGCUGCGCAUUCUGGAGGCGCAGUCCUUCUACAUCGGCGUCUACGUGCUAAUCGGCAUCAGCAUUGUGAUGAUGGCCGUCGCCUUCCUAGGCUGCCUGAGUGCUUUGAUGGAGAACACAAUGGCUCUGUUCGUUUUCGUGGGCACCCAGAUCUUUGGAUUCAUUGCGAUUGUCGCCGGUUCGGCGGUCUUAAUGCAAUUCAGCACCAUCAACUCUAGUUUGCAGCCGCUGUUGAAUGUCUCGCUGCGCCGCUUUGUGGCCACCUCGGAGUACACCUACUCCAGCUAUGUGCUGACCAUGAUCCAGGAGAAUAUCGGCUGCUGCGGUGCCUCCGGGCCCUGGGAUUAUCUCGAUCUCCGGCAGCCGUUGCCCAGCUCUUGUCGCGACACCGUCAGCGGCAAUGCCUUCUUCAACGGCUGCGUGGAUGAGCUGACCUGGUUUUUCGAAGGCAAAACCGGCUGGAUUGUCGCACUGGCCAUGACCCUCGGCAUGCUGAACGUCAUCUGUGGCGUCAUGAGCUUUGUCCUGGUGCAGGCUGUCAAGAAGGAGGAAGAGCAGGCCAGCAACUACCGCCGUUGAAGUUAAGUUAGCCCUAGUUAUUAGCGACAAGUGACCCUGCGAUAGAUCUAAGAAUUCAAUACCCAGUUCGAACAAUAAGUACAAUAAAGAUUGCGAUCCCUACGAAA